CUUCCUAAUUCUUUUCACAUCAAGUAUCAUAGCGCUGAGCUUUAUAAGUGAAUGUGAAUAACUGAUCACGUUCUUGGCGUCCGUUGUCGACAGCCUGGACAACUGUACAUGUACAUAUAUCCACAACCGCAUAAUGAAAAAUGUCUUACGUUAGCAUGAUCUAAUAUUAUAAUCUCUGCGUUCCCGACGUCAAAAAGUAUGCCUCUGUGUCCGAACGGCAGCCAAAAAUGCUGCUUUAAUAUGGAUACAACGUGAACUCACCGACUACAUACAAGUAUACCGAAGGAUUAAUUGUAUAAGUGGAACUAUAUAUACGCCUAUUUCAUUGCCACGUCACUGGCGGUGGAGAAAGCCACAGACAUAAAUAAUUAACAUGAAAAUUAGCGAGGAAGACGAUCGUUUUUGCAUACCAGCCGUCUGUCCGUUAAUGCUACAAUUUUACUGUAGCGGCAUCGGGUGGGGCUCCUUUCCGGCGGCUGUGAUAUAUUAAUACAAUUUAUUAAUCUACAAAAUGAAUUUAGUGCCGUCCAGGGUGCCACUUUGGCGGAUAUUUUUCGCUGUUGUUAUUGUUUUUGCACUAAUCGAAACAACGGCCAUCGUGGUGGGAUUGUCGGACGAGUGCCGCAAAGUAUAUAAACCGGCAACCGGUGUCCCAAAAACACCCGGGGACAAUGGAUUUCAGAUAAGGAUAUCACAAAAUGCAGACACCUACAUCCCCGGCCGCAAUUACACUGUGACAUUACAAGGAUGGCGAACCCAAUAUAGUGUUCAGAAACUGAUUGGUUUUUGGAUACGGGCAGUUCCGCGGGAUAGCCGCGUCCGAUCUUCCUCGGCCGGCAAAUUUGAACACUUUAACGAAGCCAUGGUGACCUACGUGGGACAUUGUUCGAACAUUGUCAGUAACCGAACUUCCACUCCAAGAGCGGAAGUGGAAGUAUUGUGGCGCGCUCCCAAAUUCGGAUCAGGCUGCAUUCAGCUAAGAGCUACUGUGAUUGAAUACAAAAACAUUUGGUACCAGGAGGAAGGCGGUUUGGUCAAAGAGCUAUGUGAAGAAGGUAUUUAUAAGCAAGCCGAUCAACAACACAGCGUCCCGCCGACCUCCGCUUUCGAUUGUUGCGCUUGUGAUGACGCAAAAUACGAACUACUCUUUUCUGGCAUAUGGUCACCACAAACACAUCCGAAAGACUUCCCAACAACGCAAUGGUUUACUCAUUUUUCUGAUAUAAUCGGAGCCACGCAUACCGCAAACGUGAAGGUUUACGAAAUUGGCGGUUAUGCCAGCGAAGGCUUGAAGCAGUUAGCAGAAUGGGGGAAAACGCAAGAACUGGAAAAAGAACUAAAAACAAAGACCAAGGACAUUCGAACAAUAGUUAAAGCACGCGGUUUGUGGUAUCCUAAUUUGAAUGGGCAGACCCACGCCGUUUUUCGCACCGACAGGAAGCAUCAUCUGUUAUCUCUGGCCAGCAUGUUCGGACCAAGUCCAGAUUGGCUUGUGGGUGUCGAUUCCUUAAAUCUGUGCCUUAAAAAUUGCUCAUGGACGGACAGGAUGGAAGUGGAUUUGUUCCCGUUUGAUGCCGGCACAGAUAACGGAGUGACCUAUAUGUCGGAGAAUGCUCCCUCGCAUCCACGCGAACAAAUCCACAACAUCACGUCUACACAUCCGAAAAACCCUGCUGCGCCUUUCUUUGAUCCCAGCGGAAAGCCUAUGACCCCAUUAGCCAAAAUUAUAAUCAGUAAACAGAAGAUUUAUGAAAAAAACUGUGAUGAUCCGAACCCGGCGGCCACUAGCGAGGAAGUCACCGGAUCAUCUAUUGAUCGCGACGAGAACAGAAUGGAGUGUGCGGUAACUGACUGGGGAUUCUGGUCGUCCUGCUCAGGACCCUGUGGACAAGGAUCGCGAAUGCGAAACCGCUCAUAUCGAAAUCCUGCUAAAGCCACAAUGAACGGGUGUUCUCGUAAUCUUGUUGAGAAGGAAAUGUGCGCACAAGCCUGCGACGGAGAGGGAAGUUCCACGGCUAACGCACUUCCACAUAGCAGCAGCGGCAUAAACUGCAUGACCUCACCGUGGUCAGACUGGUCGAGCUGCAGUGUGACCUGCGGAAAAGGAAUGCGUCAGCGCAGUCGGAUGUUCAAAGAACCGAUGGCGGAUAAAUUUUGCGAUGACGCGUUGAUGGAAAAAGAAGAUUGUGAUGCCGGCGACUGUACACCGGAAGUGCCUGAAUGCAAAGUGACCGCGUGGUCUUCGUGGUCUCCAUGCAGCGUAACUUGCGGGAAAGGUACACAAGCGCGUCGCCGCCAUUACCUGUACCCAAAAGAUGCCAUAUCAUGCAGGAAAAUCCUUACCGAAAAGCGUGGAUGCAUUGCGAAUCGUACCACCUGUGAUUUUGAUGCCAUGGAACAGAAAGUUAUUUGUAUGCAGCCAAAAUCAGUUGGCAGCUGUUAUGGAUUCAUUCCAAGGUGGUACUUCGAUUCAGAUCGCGGAGCGUGUCAGCCGUUUGUCUACAGUGGAUGUCGCGGAAACAUGAACAAUUUUGAAAAUUACGAAGAGUGUAAUCGAAUUUGCGAGAGAGCUUUUGAGCAUCCGGUAACGCUGAAUCUGCUAACAUCUUCGUCUGCCAUAGAGGACAUGCAAGGAAUCGUGUCCAAUUCCAUUGAACCCGUCUAUUUCUCCCAGAUGGCAACCCAGUUGCCGUCCGCUAUGAUUAGAAAUGGAAUGAUUUGUGCGCCUCUUCCUUCGACACAGCCACAACAAGCGACCACUUUGAAGGCGCAGAUUCACACGGCACCUGUUGACUGCCAAAUUACGCCGUGGGGCGCUUGGACGCCUUGCAGCUCCUCCUGUGGACGGGGUUAUCAAGACCGGUUCCGCGAAGUUAUUGUGCAUCCCCAGAACGGCGGUACAGAUUGCCCGUCCCGGAUGCAGCAGAGACGGAAAUGCCAGAUCACACCUUGUAACCAGCAACAGCAAUGUGUGUACGGUGAAUGGAGCGAGUGGAUGGCAUGCAGUAAGACCUGUGGCCAGGGCAUACAGCAGCGUAUUCGCAUGAUUAAAGAGGCCAACAAUCCCGCGGCAUGCAGGCAUGUCCCGGUGGAAACGCGAAUCUGUGUUCUUCCCCAAUGCGGCAACGAAGUCGAAUUACACUGAACAACGCAGACAACGGCGUAGAUUGGCUCAAUCGCUCACUUCUUAAGCCUUCGAAUAAACUGUAUUAUUCGUUUGUGGUGAUACACUUCUUAGGUUAAUUAGCGCACCUUGAGUUGCUCGCUUCUCCUACAUAUGCCACUGGUUUUCAUUUGCUUUUAAAACCACACUUGCACACGCGGAAAAAAUCUUGAUGUCACUGUACACUUGGAACAAAAUUUUAUUGUGUGCAUACUGCAUAGUUGUAAUAAAGCUA